CGUAGUACGUGACUAGUAACUAGUACCAGCAUCUAAAAUGGGCCUGCUACCCCUCCACCUACACGUGGCCACGACAGGGGCUGGACGAUAGAUCGCACACUUAUUGGUACGGAUGGCCGUUCUCCUCUAUAUUGCGCUUAGUAUUGGGGACGAUUUGCUGGCGCUCGGUAGCGCGCUCUACGAUUGUCGUGGUUCGUGGACGGAAUGUAGAUCGCAGUUGGCCUUGGCACGUAAGGAACGCCAAUUCGAGUCAUUGAUACUGCAACGUUACCCGCCGGAUCGGGAGAACAAGGACGACGAGGACGAUCGACGACGGCGACGACGCCCACAACAGCAACACAGAGGCCAGCAACUGAAACAAAGGAUGUCUAGUGAAUCAUUGGAUAGUUGUGAUUAUGCUUUCCCCGAAUCCAUCCCCUCGCCAGGCUCGAUUAGCCUGGACAAGAGCUCUUCGACCGAGGUGGUGUACACUCUCGAAAACAUCCGGGAGGUAGCACCGGGACUAUGCUUCGUCGUUACUGGCACGGUGCUGCUCACCUGCGAACGCUUUGCCGUGAAUCUGAUGCUGAAAAACUCCGACAUAGCGCUGCACAUCAACCCGCGACUGCCACAGAGCUACAUCGUGCGCAACUGCUACGUGAAGGGCAACUGGGGCCGUGAGGAGGUCGCUUCUCCGCUCAGCUUCAACCUGCAUCGUGGCCACCGAUUCGCCCUGCAGAUACUAGUGACCAACGAGGCCUUUCUGAUCUGCGUUAAUGGGCGGCACUGCAAUUCGUUCAAGCAUCGUCUACCGUAUCGGAAGAUCUGCACGCUCGAGGUGAAAGGUGACGUGCGGGAUGUGGCCGUCGAUCAGUGUUACAUGGACAGCUAUCCCCAGCUAGAGCUCGAAAUCGUCAAACGACGCACACCGGAGGAACAGCGGGAAGCGGCGGAGGUGAAUGAACUGGAGGGUACGGAAGCCAAACAAAUGCCCUACACUGGCGUACUACCGGUCCCGUUCACCAACGGCCAGAAGCUGCACAUCUUUGGACGCAUCAAACUACUGCCACACUCGUUCUACAUCAAUCUGCAAUCGAGUGCCUACGUUUGGCCCCAUCCGAACAUCCUGUUCCAUUUGAACCCGCGCUUUGGCAAUGUCGGAGGACGGCACGUCAUCUGCCGCAAUAGCUGGCGUAAUGGCAAGUGGGAGCGCGAGGAGCGAACGGAUAAUCCGAGCGACCUGAUACCUGGCAAACCGUUCCACCUACAGAUUGAGUGUACCGAUGCUGGCUACCAGGUGAUGCUGAACAACAAGCUGAUUACGGAAUUUAUAUUCCGGGACAAUCCGCGGCUUGUCGAAGCGGUCUACAUACAGGGAGACAUCAAGCUGUACGACGUUGUGGUGGAAACUGCCUACUAGAUUAGAUGUGUGCGAUAUAGAUGAUUCCAAAAACUAGUGUAACCUACGCUCACUGAGAAACAAUAAUUCGAGGCUUAUAGUGUCCUGUAGUUUGUAGUUAGAGGGCACGAUCUUGCGUGCAUCAUGUAUGUGUCUUUGGCGGACAAUUUUCGGCUGGCAGCUUGCUUGCAGCUUGUCUUAUAUAUUCUAUUCGAUUCGGUAGAUGGAACAAUUCCGGCUGUUACUGUUCCGCAAUAUUGCUCCCAAUGGGCCCAAAAACGAGAACAAUAAAGUAGUUGUUAAGAGACGUUA